AUGACCACCCUCUCUCCGGAAAACAGCCUCUCUGCCCGGAGCUCAGCCUCCUUUAUCCUGGUAAAGAGAAAACCACCCAUUGACAAGACUGAAUGGAAUAGCUUUUUCGACGAGAACGGCCAACUGGCCAAGUCCCGAGACUUCAUCUGCAUUAACAUCCUGGAGCGGGGUCUGCAUCCCUUCGUGAGAACAGAAGCCUGGAAGUUUCUCACAGGCUACUACUCGUGGCAGAGCUCCCAGGACGAGCGGCUCACCGUGGACAGCACCAGGAGGAAAAACUAUGAGGCCUUGUGCCAGAUGUAUGAGAAGCUCCAGCCGCUCCUGGAGAACCUGCACUGCAACUUCGUGGAGACUCGGAAUAACAUCAGUUGUGACAUCAAGAAGCUCUAUGACAAAGACCCCCUGGGUAACGUGCUCAUCGACAAGAAGAGGCUGGAGAAGGUCCUGCUCCUGGGCUACGUUUGCAACACACAGGCAGAGUACCAGCAGGGCUUCCACGAGAUGGCCAUGCUCUUUCAGCUGAUGGUGGAGCAUGACCAUGAGACCUUCUGGCUCUUUCAGUUCUUCCUGCAGAAAACGGAGCACAGCUGUGUCAUCAACAUCGGGGUGGGCAGGAACCUGGACAUGCUGAGCACCCUCAUCAGCUUCCUGGACCCUGUGUACGCCGAGCACCUGAAGGGCAAGGGCGCCGGGGCGCUGCAGUCGCUAUUCCCCUGGUUCUGCCUCUGUUUCCAGCGUGCCUUCAAGUCUUUUGAUGACGUCUGGAGGCUCUGGGAGGUUCUGCUGGCAGGGAAGCCAUGUAGGAACUUUCAGGUGCUGGUGGCCUACAGCAUGCUGCAGAUGGUGCGUGAGCAGGUCUUGCUGAACAGCAUGAGCGGUGACGACAUCCUCCUGGCCUGCAACAACCUCAUUGACCUUGAUGCUGAUGAGUUGAUCUCUGCCGCCUGCAUGGUUUAUGCUGAGCUCAUCCAAAAGGAAAUUCCUCAGCCGCUGAAGGAUUUCCUUCUCUGAGAAGGAACGGGUCAUGGAGGAUGGAUGCGCUCCGUGGGGACAGAGGAAGGUGCUUCCUCAGCCGUGGGGUCAGGACAAAGUCUGCCAGAGCUCAGGGCAAGGAAAUAAUACAGCACAAAAGAAG